AUGGUUGCAGCAACCACUGCUAUAUUCCCUAAUUUCCAAAACCUUCCUCGAGAGCUGCGCGAUCAAAUAUGGCACGAUUCAAUGCCCGAGAAAGAUAAACCUGCCCUUUUUCCUUGGAAGAAAGGCUGUUGGUGCCCCCGACAUCUACAAAAACAUGAACCACAAUGGGAACCCAACGAGGAUCUGAAUUUGAUAUUAGAAACGUGCUAUGGCCUGUUAGAUCACGUCCAGGUCGAAGUCCCGCUAUUCUUCGUGAGCUGGGAAGCCCGCCGAAUUGCCUUAGCGUGGAUGCGCAAACAGGACAUCACAUUACGCUUCCGCAAGGAUAAACAAUGCUGGGUCUUCACACGCCCAUUUGAUCCAAUGAUGGACACAGUCUACAUUGCAAAGGAUAAGAUAUACGAGUUCUUCGUCGAGCCUCAGGAUCGGAUGUUCGAACCGGACCUUCAUGAUCGGAGUGCUUCAAUCUAUCCAUAUCUUAGGCGGGUCGCUGUCCCUCCGGGUUUAUUCCAGGAUGACGUUUCUGAGCUUUUUGAUUGGUACUCCCUUCUACAGGAAAUGUCCGUGGUCGUCGGCCCGCAGCCAUGCUGGGAUAAUUAUGAUAGGCAGCGGGUGCAGGGGCAACGGUGGGAAGUUAAGGACACACAAGGGGGAGUCUUUGUCUACAACCACAGCCAUCGACGUUUUGACUUGCAUGAUGGGGAUAAAGCUGUAGGUGGUGAGGCAUUGGACAGGCAGAUAGAAGAGGCCUGUGAAUAUUUCAGUGGGAUGGUUGCUGAUAAUAAAGGCGAAAGGUUUGAGAUUCGGAAAGUCAUUGCUGUUAUGAGCUGA